AAUCGUUUCCCUUGAAGACGGAGAUACAGGUAUUUUAAAGAUUUAAGAACACUAACCAUUCUUCCAUCUAUUCAUCAGACAUAUCCAUUUAGAGUUGACCUCACAGAUGUGUCCGUCGUUACACAUGUCUUUUGUUCAAUAUCAUGAGCUUCAGUACAAGCAAGGUGUCACCGACGUCACGAGAUCCAUUUUCGGCUCUUCGCAUCGAAUCUUAUAAUUUACGUGAUGUUCAAACUAUUAGAUGAAAUUGUAGUGGAUACAACUACCACACACUAUAUGCUCAUUUCCCCUCGUCAUAACACUCGGAUCGUCUCCAUUGAACAACAAAAGAAGACUUUGCUUUUGGACGUGCACUUUAAAAAUUGAUGGCGCAACUCUCAUCCAUCUCGAACGCUUCCAUCAACACCUCGAUUGUACAACCUACAGUUGCAAAGGCAACAGAUCAAGAUAUCUUGGCUCUUGAGUUGAAAUCGAGACCUGUCUUGUUGGUAGUUUUGGAGUCAUUCGUUCUCCUUUUGAUCGAUUUCGUGGCGUUUUUUGGGAAUUCAAUGGUUUGCCUCGCCUUUUACAAAAACUCAAGACUGAGGAUCAUUCCAAAUUACUUCAUCAUCUCCCUGGCGCUAACGGAUCUGCUAACUUCAGUCUUUUCGUUGCCGUUUUCGGCAGGAGCACUAAUUCUCAGCAGGUGGCCCUUCGGUGACUGGGCAUGUCAACUGCAAGGCUACUUCGUAUUCGCUUUCAGCAUCGCUUCUUUACACACAAUGGCGCUAACUGCUUGCAACAGAUACACCCGAGUGGUUCAUUCAAAUCUAUACCCAAACCUUUAUACUUCCAAACUGACCAUGACCUCUGUUUUUUUCGUCUGGGCAUGGGCUCUCAUCUGCAGCGCUCUUCCUUUCAUCCUUGGCCUUUCGACGUUUAAUUUUCACCCUGGUACCGUGAUCUGUUACUCCACCCCGUCAUUUACGCCGGAAUUUAUUGCCCUCUUCACCAGCACGCUAAUUAUUAACAUACCUGUGCCUAUGGCAGUUGUUAUUAUCCUCUACCAUAAAGUAUUUCGCGCCAUAAGUCGUCAGCGUCUUAGGGUCUCAACUGAGAGAGGACUAAGGAUCAGCAGUAGUGUCGAGGACAUAAGACUUGCUCAGUUGUUGUUCGCGGUAACCUUAGGGUUCUGUAUUUGCUGGGGUCCUGUAAUGGUCGUGGAGUGUAUUAGAUUCAUAGAUUUGUGGACAGUACCGCGCCAAGUGUACCUUGUAAGCACGUACUUUGGAGCAACCAGCAGUGCUAUAAAUGUUUUUAUCUAUGGAGUUAUGAACAGAGCAUUUCGUGUAGAGUUUGUCAAGAUCUUGUGUUGUAAGAAAAAAUUUUGAGCGAGGCGCAGACAAGACAGUAAUUAUUUAAGGAAAACAACGAAGACGACCGUUACGUAACGAAAAUGCUGCGCGAGAAAAAAUUUUACACAGUAGCAGAAUAAAAACUCUAAAAAAUUAAUACGAUAUAAAAACUUUGUUUAGUUUUCAACAAUCCUACAACAAAAAACAGAAAAAAGAAAGAAAGAAAGAAAAAGAAAAGAAAGAACGAGAACUUGAAGUCUUAAAAUUGAACGUGGUCGGAGAACAAGAAUCAUAACAGCAACUUAUUUAAGUUUCAUCUCUGAGCUCAGCGGUGCAUUUACAUGAAUACUGAUGAAAGAUUUGGUGACGUAGCGAUACGGUAAAAUAGUUGUAUAAGUAAUGGGUGAGUGGGUGGGCGAGUUUAGAAUUAGCUAAGAGGCUUAGAGAGUGGGAUGGUCUCCCUUUGUUAAGUAAUCACAAACCAAGAAAGAGAAAUAUAAUACUGCGAAUAAAAGCAAAAAUCAACCAAAACUCGGUUAAAAAACGCCCCCUCGAUGAUUCUCCUUGAAUACAUCUACGAUGGCAUCAUGCGUUUAAAACCAUUUUGGAAAGACUUAUCCACCAUAUUUUUUCCACCCACUAUGCAAUAAUGUUUAAUGUUAUGCGGUGAAUGUUGUUUCAUUCCUCUCCUUUACUGAAUCAAACUGCAGCUGAAAUAAGCUUCGUGACGUAGAAAUGAAUAACAGUGACGCAUCGAAACCUGUUUAGACUUGUUUAGGCAGUUAUCUUUUAAAUCGGUACUUUUACUCCCUGCGGUAUCAACGAACGCUUUCCAUUCAACUUACUUAUCUUUGCGUGUGUUUUCCACGUUACCAUAUUCCCAACAAAAGUGUAUGUCGAUCCACUUGUCUGGAUGUAACCACACCAAACUCAC